AUGGCGUUCUCAGAGAACUAUCGCCAAUCUCUCAUCCCAAGCUUCAUCUACUCGUCUUCAUCAGCAUCCAAGAAGCUCAUAGAUAUGGAUCACUUGAUGUCGAAUCGGAACAUUAUGUUGAAUUCUUCAUCUUCACCGUCUAUUUCAUCUAAUGGAGGAGUAACGUCGUCGAAGAAGAGCAUCGUGAUCCCAGCUCCGAACGAGCCAGGUAAGAUCGAGAUGUUCUCGCCGGCAUACUACGCCGCGUGCACCGUCGGUGGAGUCUUCAGCUGUGGACUUACUCACACGUCCGUCACCCCUCUCGAUCUUGUCAAGUGUAACAUGCAGAUUGACCCUGCAAAGUACAAGACCAUUUCUUCUGGUUUUGGAAUAUUGCUCAAGGAGCAGGGAAUUAAAGGUUUGUUUAGGGGCUGGGUGCCAACCUUGCUUGGUUACAGUGCACAGGGCGCAUGCAAGAUGGGAUUUUAUGAAUUUUUCAAGAAGUACUAUUCCGAUAUUGCUGGUCCUGAGUAUGCAGCCAAGUACAAAACUUUGAUCUAUCUUGCGGGAUCUGCAUCUGCUGAGGUGAUUGCUGAUGUUGCCCUCUGUCCCUUUGAGGCAGUGAAGGUUCGUGUCCAGACUCAGCCUGGGUUUGCCAGAGGUCUGUCAGAUGGCCUUCCAAAGUUUAUCAAGUCUGAAGGCGCUCUUGGGCUUUAUAAGGGGAUUGUUCCUCUUUGGGGACGACAGAUUCCAUAUACAAUGAUGAAGUUUGCAUCUUUUGAGACUAUUGUGGAGCUCCUUUACAAGUACGCUAUCCCAACUCCAAAAGAACAGUGUAGCAAGCCUUUUCAGCUUGGAGUGAGUUUUGCUGGUGGAUAUGUUGCGGGUGUAUUCUGUGCCAUCGUAUCACACCCUGCUGAUAACCUGGUCUCUUUUCUCAACAAUGCCAAGGGGGCAACUGUGGGUGAUGCUGUGAAGAAGAUGGGCUUAUGGGAACUGUGUACUCGUGGUCUUCCUCUUCGUAUAGUCAUGAUCGGAACCCUUACUGGAGCUCAGUGGGGUAUCUAUGAUGCUUUUAAAGUUUUUGUUGGGCUGCCAACUACUGGAGGUGUGGCUCCUGCUCCUGCUCCUGCUGCUGUGUCCGCGAAGAUGUGA